AUGCGCCGACCCUACGAAGCUGAUGACGACGAACGCGACCGCGACGACUACGACCACGAUGAGCUCCCGUUGCAUCGCAAACGGGCCUUUGGCAGUGGUCUCAAACGUCAAAGGGUCGAAUUUGUCCGCGCCACAGAAGAGGACGAGACUUCGGCAUCUGCACAAAUCACACGCGAGAAGGGCACGGCAGUCAGCGACCUCUACGCCAGCGUCGUCAUGACCUCUGGCUCUGGGACUCAGACGGCUGGCAAGGAUCCCGCGGGCAACAAAGCCGAGAAGGAUACUACAUUGAUAUGCGAGACAUGCGGCCUGGAGAUCAAAGGGGAUCAGAAAACUCAUGAGCAGAGUCUGGCCCAUCAGGUCUCGCUACAACACUCGCACCCGCCAUCGCACCUUGACAGAUCCCGGAUGGGCUUGCAAACCCUCCGGUCCCAGGGAUGGGACCCAGAUGCUCGCGUCGGCCUUGGCUCGCAGGGCGAAGGAAGGCGAUUCCCCAUCAAGGUCGCUCUCAAGGAGGACACGCUCGGAGUCGGCGCUGUGGUGCCAACCGUGGAGAAGAAGGAGAAAGAAGUCAAACUGACCAACAAGGAGCUGAAGCGCGAAGUGAAAAGGGAGAAGGAGCGGACGAAGAGGAUGGAGAGGGAGAUGUUUGGUCGCACCGACGUCGAGCAGAUCUUGCGAGGGGAGAAGACGGGUGGCGAUGGGUUGAAGUGA